AAAAUACUAUAUUUUCCUAAGUUGAAAUAUAACUGAAUCUUCAAAUUGUUGACUUUCUUUUUUCCUCUCAUUUUUUGUUCUAAAAAAUAAUACUUUUUGUAAGAACCAUUAAUUUCUUUCCUUCAUAUAUAUAUAUAUAUAUAUUGAUGAUAUGUACUUUAUGAUCAAAUUGAGUUAGUACAAAGUUCUUUUUUCAUUUUGAUUUUUUAUUUCCUUUGUAAGUUCCAACAAGAGCAAAAAAAGGCAAAAAAAAAAAACACAAAAAAAUGCUUUUUAGAAUUCUCUUUAUAGUAUUAUUAGCCACUUCAUUGUUUGCAACUUCUUGUAAUGGAAAAAAGAAGAUUGAAAAACCAAUAAAACAUGGUCAUGUGAAAAAGAGAACACAAGCAAUUAUUGAUAUACAAUCUUUUGGAGCCAAAGGUGAUGGAAUUUCAGAUGAUACACAGGCAUUCAUAAAGGCUUGGAAGAAGACAUGCAAAACAGAAAAUGGUGUGCUUUUAAUUCCAAGACACAAAAUAUAUUACAUUGGACCAAUUAAGUUUCAUGGUCCUUGUAAGAAAGGACUUAGAAUGAUGAUAAAUGGAGAACUAAGAGCUUCAAAAGAUAUAUCAGAUUAUAAUGAAGAUAAAAGACAUUGGCUUUUAUUCCAAAAUAUGGAAAAUUUUAUAGUUGAAGGUGUUGGAAGUAUUGAUGGCAAUGGACAAAUAUGGUGGAAAAAUUCUUGCAAAGUUGAUAAAACUAUUCCAUGUAAUACAAAAACACUAACAGUUCCAACUGCUAUGUCCUUUUAUAAUUGUACAAAUUUGAAAGUGAGAAAUUUAGGUUUUAAAAAUCCACAAAAAAUGCACUUAACAAUUACAAAAAGUGAACUUGUUGAAGUUUCAAGAUUGAAAAUUACAGCACCUUAUGAUAGCCCAAACACUGAUGGAAUUCAUGUUUCGGGGACAAAAGAUAUCGAUAUUCACCAUUCAUAUAUUGAAACAGGUGAUGAUUGUAUCUCAAUAGUAAAUGGUUCCACUAAUGUUAGAGCAAGAUAUAUACAUUGUGGACCUGGCCAUGGAAUAAGUAUUGGAAGCUUGGGUAAAAAUAAAGAGGAGGAUGUUGUUUCAAAUAUUUAUGUACAUGAUGCUACAUUGAGGGGAACAACUAAUGGAUUAAGAAUAAAGUCUUGGCAGGGAGGACGUGGAUAUGCAAAAGAUAUUCUUUUUCAAAAUAUACAGAUGGUGAAUGUGACCAACCCCAUAAUCAUUGAUCAAUUUUAUUGUGACCAAGAUAAACCAUGCAAAGAGCAGAAAGAAGCAGUGCGUGUGAGUAAUAUAAUGUUCAAAAAUAUAAAGGGAACGAGUUUCACACAAACUGCAAUUAAAUUAAAAUGCAGCAAAACUGUUCCAUGCAAAGGGAUACAAAUGGAAAAUGUGAAUAUACGUCACGAAGGAGGUUUAACUGUCAAAGCUUUAUGUACAAACGUUAAAUACACAACAAAGGGGGUGUUAUUCCCAAAAUGCCCUUCCGAGCCGCACCCGUUGACAUUUUUGCGGAAUUAAUUUUUGUCCUUUCUCCUUUAUACAUGUCCCUUAAUUUCAUUUCUUCAAUUCCUUUUCUCCUUGAGACAAUCAUUGGCAAUUUUAUGGGGGUAGUAGGAAAUUAAAGGAAGUGCAAUUUUAGAAUCAUGAUGGCUAGGAACUAUUGUUACAACUGCUACUGUAUUAUGUUUUUUUUUUUCCUUUUGUGAAAUGUAUUAAUGGAGUAUUAUCUUAUUGAGAUAUAUUGAAAAGAUAACAUAACAUAUUCAACAAUCCGUUGUAGUCUAGUUGGUUAGGAUACUCGGCUCUCACCCGAGAGACCCGGGUUCAAGUCCCGGCAACGGAACUUUUUAAUAUUUUUUGAUAACCAGAAGUGAAAUUCACGUAGUC